AUGGUUGUCUUCAGCAAAGUGACCGCUGUCCUCGCCCUCUCGGCCAUUGCGUCGGCCGCGGCCGUGCCAGUACAGAGCCCCCGGAAGGGCUUCACGGUCAACCAGGUGACCCGGGCACCGACUCGCUCCAAGUCUGUCAACUUGCCUGGAGUCUACGCCAAUGCAAUUUCCAAAUAUGGUGGUACUGUUCCCGCCAAUGUCCAAGCUGCUGCCGUUAGCGGCUCUGCUGUUACCACUCCCGAGGACGGGGACAUCGAGUACCUGACUCCGGUCAGUGUUGGUGGCACUACCUUGAACCUGGACUUUGAUACCGGGUCUGCUGAUCUUUGGGUUUUCUCCAGCGAGCUCCCCUCUUCGGAGCAGAGUGGCCACGCCAUCUACAAGGCUGGCAGCACCGGCACCAAGAUUUCCGGCGCCAGCUGGUCCAUCUCUUAUGGCGAUGGUAGCGGUGCUAGCGGUGAUGUCUACAAGGACACUGUUACCGUCGGCGGUGUCAAGGCUACUAACCAGGCCGUCGAAGCGGCCAAACAGAUCAGCACCCAGUUUGUGCAGGACCAGAACAACGAUGGUCUGCUUGGUCUUGCCUUCAGCUCAAUCAACACUGUCAGCCCUAACCCCCAGACCACCUUCUUUGACACCGUCAAGUCCCAGCUGGAUGAGCCCUUGUUCGCUGUGACCCUCAAGCACAAUGCCCCCGGCACCUACGACUUCGGAUUCAUCGAUAAGUCCAAAUACACUGGCAGCCUGGUCUAUGCCGAUGUCGACAGCUCUCAGGGCUUCUGGUCGUUCACGGCCGACAGCUACAAGAUUGGAACCAGCACCAAGAGUUCACCCAUUACAGGUAUUGCUGACACCGGUACUACUUUGCUUCUGCUCGAUGACUCCAUUGUUGCUGCCUACUACAAGCAAGUCUCCGGCUCCCGUAACAACUUGUCUGUCGGUGGCUACACCUUCCCUUGCUCUGCCACCCUGCCUGACUUUACUGUCACCAUUGGCGGCUACAAUGCCGUUGUUCCCGGCAAGCUGAUCAACUAUGCUGCUGUGUCGACUGGUAGCUCCACUUGCUUCGGUGGUAUCCAGAGCAACUCUGGCAUUGGGUUCUCUAUCUUCGGUGAUAUCUUCCUCAAGAGCCAGUACGUUGUCUUCGACUCCCAGGGCCCCCGUCUUGGCUUCGCUGCCCAGGCAUAA